UGUAAGACGUUUGCGCGAUGCCUGUGCCACUGCAGAUUCUGCUGCAAAACUGUCCACGUUGGUUUGAAAUAAGCAGCGCCCGUUUACUAGGGUACAAGGAAUAGCGAAAACUGUUUUGACCAACUCAAUUGUGCGAGGAAGGCGUGAUUUGUCUUGAUUUAAACCAGUUAGGACAUAGCUUUUUCCACCCCAAUGCUGAAAUUUACAUUGACAAGUGAGCCGCUUUAAGAAGUGGCUUUCUGUGUAUUGUUUCUGGUAAAAGUUAAUAUUUUCUUCUUUGUAUGAUUUGUCUGGGAUUUGCUCGGCCAAAGAUACAAAAGUACAAGAGGUGUCAACUGUUCAGCGCAGCAGCAAACGUUUCAGUCACGUGCUUUCAUCAGUGCUAGCUACCACCUGUUCUAAAGCACAACUUAGCUUUGAGUCAGGAUAUUAUAAAGAGGAAUGGAUUGUGUACUCAAACUCUGGAUCUUUGUUUGAAUCAUGUUUCUAAGGGAGGGCGUGUGCUUGCCAUUAGCUGGAAAAUUAGAUUCCUUUUGGAUUAACCCAAAAGACAACCGACAGAACCUGAAGAACCGGGCUGGUGUAAAACUGCUGGCAGAUCAGACAAUCAAACCUCAGUGGUACAAUGCUGCUCCCUGCAGGAAGUGCCGUCUCUGAUAAUCAGGCGUACAUAACAGGAAGAGGGAAGUACAGUUUCUCACAGAUGGAAGCUUUAGUUACAUCGGGGACCUUUUAAUACGAUUUCAAUCUGUAUUUUCCAGAAAUACAGGAUUUUCUGAUAACAUAGAGAAAAAAUACCAAGACGAAGAGAGAUUUGAGUCUAAUUUUAAAGACAGUCCUUAGCUUCAGUUUGUUAUGACAGCAGUAAGUAAAAGUGAAACUAAACUACAAAUUUAACAGAAAUCAUUACUAAGCUCAGAACAGACACAGACAGAAUGGCGUCUGGAUCUUCUCUCCUGGAAGAGGAGCUCUCCUGUCCUGUGUGCACUGAAAUCUUCAGGGAUCCCGUCGUCCUGAGUUGCAGUCACAGCUUCUGUAAGGCCUGUCUGCAGCAGUACUGGGAACAGAAGGGAUCUCAGGAGUGCCCAGUUUGCAGGAGAAGAUCUUCCAAGGAUGAACCUCUCAUUAGCCUGUCUCUGAGGAAUGCCUGUGAGGCUUUCUUAAAUGAGAGAAGUCAGAGAGCUAAAGCAGGAUCUGAAGUGCUCUGCAGUCUGCACAGUGAGAAACUCAAACUCUUCUGUUUGGUGGAUCAAAUACCCGUCUGUGUUAUCUGCCAAACUUCAAAAAACCAUGAAAACCACAAAAUGCGACCAGUUCAGGAGGCUGCAGAAGAGUAUAAGGAGAAACUCAGGACUGCACUGGCUCUACUGCAGGAGAAGCUAAAAGCCUUUAAUGCAGUGAAACUAAUCUGUGAUCAAACUGCAGAGCACAUCAAGAGCCAGGCCCAGCACACAGGGAAACAGAUAAAGAUGGAGUUUGAGAAACUUCAGCAGUUCCUAAAAGAUGAAGAGGCAGCCAGGAUUGCUGCACUGAGGGAGGAAGAGGAGCAAAAGAGUCAGAUGAUGGAGGAAAAGAUUGAGAAGAUGACAGAAGAGAUAUCAGCCCUUUCAGAACAAAUCAGAGCCAUAGAACAGGAGCUGGGAGCUGAAGACAUCUCAUUCCUGCAGAGCUACAAAGAUGUGGAGAAACGAGCCCAGUGCACACUGGCGGAUCCAGAGAAGGUCUCUGGAGCGCUGAUUGAUGUGGCCGAACACCUGGGCAAUCUGAAGUACAGAGUGUGCAAGAAGAUGCUGGUGAUUGUUCAAUACAGGUCAGCUGUUCAGAGGAUUUUCCUGUCGGGAAAGGCAGGAGCUGGGAAGAGUAGCACAGCCAACACCAUUCUGGGAGAGCGGAUGCUCAGGGCUUCAUGUCGUGCAAACUCUGAUACGUCUACAUGCGAGGCUAAAACAGCGACUGUUUAUGGGAGGAAAAUCACAGUGAUUGACACACCAUGGUAUUUUUGUGAUGAGUGCACUGGUGAACAACUAAAACCUGAAAUAGCCAGAUGCAUCUUAGAGUGUGCUCCUGGACCUCACGCCUUUGUCAUAGUCUUGUCUGUGACGAAGCAGACAGCAGAGGAGAAUAAAGCAGUAGAUGACAUUCAGAAAAUUUUUGGGGAGAAGGCUCUGAAGUACGCUGUUGUCCUGUUUACCCAUGGAGACGAGCUUGAGGAUGACGUGACCAUCCAGCAGUUUGUGGAUGAAAAUGACCGUCUGAAAACACUUGUCCAAAAGUGUGGAAACCGGUUUCAUGUCAUCGAUAACAAAUACUGGAAUAAUCCCCCUGAAGGCGACGAUGAUGAGAGAAGCAAUGGCGCUCAAAUCAGAGAGCUGCUGAACACGAUUGAUCAGAUGGUGGGACAGAACGGAGGGAAGUGCUUCACCAACGAGGUGUUCCAAGCUGCGGAAAGAGUCAUAAACAAGAAAAUGAUUGAAGCUAUAAGAGUGAAAGAACGCACAACCUGUACCUGUAGCUGAGGCAGCAAAGAUGGGGAUGGGACUGGGGGCCUGCAUGCGUAUGAUACCGGGGUGGAGGGGGGGGGGGGUAAUUGGGGCAGAAGCAGCAAAUGUAGCAGAGAGUCAGAGAGAAGCCUCAGAGACCCUGUGGUGGAUUUCAGAUUGCUGAGUAAUCCACCUCCCGGGGGAACUGUGAAGGGGAACUCAUUAGGAUCGACGAAGAUGAAGAUGAAGGUCGCACACUGGAGCCGCACGCCGUAGCUUUCCUGUCCUCUCGGCCGGCAGGAGCAGGCCCAGCCACGACAGGCCCAGUCCCUGAUAAUGCUGCAAAUCUGAGUCUGUCCGCAGCAAAGUAAGAUUCACUGGUGAAUACAAUGCCAGAAUAAAAAUUAAAAAUAAAAAAAACACUGUCUAAACAAAUACAUAUAAAAACCCCACAAUCUGAGAAAUUUACAAAAUUUAAAAUAAAAAAAACGUACCUCAUUGUGUUACAGACCAAAGGCACAAAUGAGGCUAACUACUGCAAAAAUAGAUUAAUGAAUAAAUGAAUUAAUUAGAAUUAUUAAUUGUAUUAAAAAGAAAAUUCUAAAUUAAAAAACCUGUAAAAUAAAAACAUUAUUCAGGAUGUGGAGGAAAAAAUGAUUAAUUUUGAAACAGAGCCUUGUAAGAUAAUUCUGGUAAUUAUUUUGGUCAAUGACCCGUUGCAUUUUUGUUUUGUUUGUAAAUAAUCACACUUGUGUGCAAGAAAAAAAAUGUAUUUUAAUCUUCCAAAUUCCCAACAACUUUCUACACACACUUUAGACCGAAUGUUCAUAAUCAAUACAUUUAAAAUGCAUAUAAAAUUUCCAUCUAUUUGGUUUAAGUAAUUUUAAUGUAAGCCAAAACAAUAAACUUAUAUGUGAUGCAUAUGUAUAAAUCAAACAUGAAUUAAACAAAUAACU